CUGUUGGGUAAGGGUGAUGCGCACUGAGAAGCUCCCCAAAAGGCUGUUGCUUCGCUUACUGGACUCACACGAGGAUGGAUAGAGUUUUUGCGUAACGGUUGAAAUGUCCGACUUCCACAACCGGAGCCAAACAAGCGCACGUCGCAGUGACUACGUGUGGCAGUAUGAAUAUUAUGACGACGAAGAGCCCGUGUCGUUCGAGGGACUCAAAGCGCACAGAUACUCCAUCGUCAUCGGCUUUUGGGUUGGACUUGCUGUGUUCGUGAUUUUCAUGUUCUUUGUUCUCACUCUGCUCACAAAGACAGGAGCGCCACAUCAAGAUAACCCAGACUCGGCUGAAAAGCGUCAUCGACCGGGAAGCUGUCUGGUAGACAUUGAUGGUCACCAGGAUGAAAACGACAAAGCCUUCUCACGUCCGUUGCUAGCAGGAUCCCGUUCAUAUUUUAAUUUCUACAUCAAUGAGGAAGACAAGGGUCACGGGAAGCAAAAAGUAGAAGAAAAGAGAGCUGGAAAGCACACCGGGGCCCGAGCCGAGCAGGGAACCUUCAACAGAGGUGUCAGCUCCUCUGGGAUGGACGAGAUGGAAGAAGACAUUGAGGAGGCUGGGGUCCACCAACAGCUUACUGGACUAAUAGAACAGAGCAAGACAGACAGAGAGUGCACCUUUCUUUCUCACUUCAACAUCCCUAACUUUGUCAACUUGGAUCACAGUUCAACUCUUGGAGAGGAUGAUCUGCUAUAUGAGCCCUCAGUCAUACUAGAGCGUCAGUCUAAAUGUCACGAUGCUCACUUUGACAUCCACUAAGGCUCGUCCUGCAGAUAAGCAUGGUUAUAGUGAUACCGUAACACCAUUUGCUUUUUCAGAGGGUCAUUUAUGAACUGACAAUGAGAAAUAUACUCAUCACUAAGCUUCUGUGUAUGAAGUUUUGUUGUGUUUGUUUUACAGCCAACAACCAAGAGGGCACAAAACCUAGCUGACAGAUCAAUAUUCAGUGCAACUCAAAGUUAUAAGAUGAUAAUUCUUCCUGAAGUUGAAAUUGCCUCAGGCGAGAUACCUGUUAUUUUGAGUAUAGGCUCUGGAAAUGGACGCAGCUGUGCUGUACCUGGAUGAGAUGACAUUUUCACACAGGAACAGAUAAAAAUGGAAGAGUGCCAGGUUCACAAGGGAGAUUUUUUUUUUGUAGUUCUGUAGAAUUCAUCAUGUUGUUAUUGCUGUGUCGUUUUCCUUGUAGAAUUUUGAACGCUGGGCAUUAUCUUUUAAAAACGAAAUAAAUGCCAGCUGGUCUACCAACAAAUUUAAAAACUGUGAAUUAAUCAAGUUUUGUCCUAAGAUUAAGUGUUUAGAAAAGGUGAAGUGUAAUUCUGUGUAGCAAAAGGUAUAAUUAGUAGUACAAAAUCAAAUAUAUCAGAAUAGGGACUCGCAGGAGAAAAUACACUGCGCUUUUGUAGUCGGAAAAUCUAUUAAACUUAC